CCUACGAUCAACUGUUAAAAAUGAAAGCGGUAGUGCUACUGUGUUUACUUGGGGUAGUAUACGCGGUUCCAGCUCCAUCUUUCUUGGAUAGUGUAAGUGACUGCUAUGACUCCAAGGACACUUUCUGGACCUUCGACAAAUUUGAGAGGAGUUAUAGUGGUCAUAAAGUUGCUUACAGAUUUGGGUUUGAACAACCAGACGGUACGAGGCAAGAACAAGAAGGAGAAUUUGUAAACAAAGGUGGAGAGGACGUUUUGUCUGUCAACGGUUUUUACUCGUACAUAGGCAACGAUGGUGUAAGGUACACUACUAAAUACAAAGCCGAUGAUAAUGGAUACCAGCCUAUUAUAGAACAGGGUCCUGGUGGCAGCGUACCCGACGCUGUAGUUGCAUCUAUGCUUGGAUAAAUGAAAACUGAU